AUGGCGAUGGAUGCAGAAGACGGAGAAAUCGUUGACUCUGCAGAUGAAGAGAUUAAAACUCGACUUAAUUUCAUCCGGCCGGAUGAAGUGACGAAUGACGGUAGAAAUAUGGAAACUGAUGAAGUUGAUCAUGAACAUGACAAUGAUUACAUUGUGCCAGCACAUCAACGACAAUCAGAGAAGCGAGAAGAAGCCGCAUCACUAACAAUCUCAACUCGCAGAAGUCGACUGUUGGAUGAACUGAGAAGUGAUGAGUCAGACAGUGAUGGGGAUGGUGACAUGAGAGGAAGCCUUGACUGUGAGAAUGGAAGACGGAGAGCGAGGAGAAGAGCCAAAUUUGACAGUGAAGUCACAAAAACUGAAAAUAUUCAAACUUAUCAGACUGAUGAGGUAAUGGAAGAAACAGCAAAGAAAUCAGAUGAAAUUACGAAAAGAAAAACACGAAUUCGAGGAGGAGUUAAACAGUCUAGGAAGGCAAAGAGACAAGUUGUUGAGCAAUCUAUGGCUAAAAGACGUUGCAUACAACAGGCAAAGAAAUGUGAGAGUAAAUAUCCAUUGGCUAAAGAUCUUCUUAGUUCUAAUCCAUUAAAUGUCACUGCUGAAGACCCUCCUCUUCAUGUUGCACAUCAGCUUGCAAAACGAAUGAAGGAGCCAAACGUCAAGCUGAUGAAACAUGUAACAUGCACAGUUGGGUCAGAACGUGCAAUUCAACUCUCAAAAGAGACAGAAGAUUGCAUCGCACAAGGUGGGAUGCUCACUAGUGAUGGAACUCGAAGGAGGACAGCAGGAGGUAUUUUCUUCACACUAUUGAAGAGUUGCCAAUACAUAUCCGAUACAGAGAGAGCAGCCAUAUUUGCUGAGGAAAAGAAAUUUGCAAAAAUAAAGAAACGACAAGCUCGUACCGAAACUUCUAAAAGACUUGAUUGCAAUGCAAUUUCAAACCAUUGAUAUUAGGAAAUGUCAAAUUACGAUAUGUGAUAGUGAAUUUUGAUUGCAACAUAAAGCACCAACC